ACUAUGUAGCAUGUGGUACUUACUUCCCUUCUUGGUGAUACUGAGCACUCAUAUAAAAGGCCUCCAGAUCACGUCACUGUUGGUGCCUCCGUACGUCGUCAACAACUCUGGCCUGGUGGUGUUGGACUGUCAGUACACUCUCACACCCUACGACCUGCAGCUAGACUCGGGGUUGGUGGUCAAGUGGUUCUUCAACAACGGGCCCGCUCCGGUCUACCAGUGGAUCCCCAGCCAGCGACCUCAAGACCUCGGUAUCCUCCGAGGUCGGCUGGACCUCGACUACCGAGCUUCGGACAACAACGCCACCAUGUUCCGCGCCCUCUCCAUCCUGAAUCCUACCACAGAUCUGUCUGGAGAGUACCGCUGCGCCGUGUCCACCUUCACCGACGAGGACUUCAUGAUACAGAGAAUGAUAGUAUACGCUCCAGAGAAGCGGAUGGAGCUGACUCAUACCAAGCCGGACGCAGAGAGUGCCAACGUCACAUGUGAAGGAUAUGGUCUCUACCCGCAGCCAAGGAUAGCGUUUUACAAGGAUCAAUUCCCGCCUAGAUAUAGUAAGCCACUACAAGGAGCGACGAUAGAGACCAGUUCCAGGACAGGACAUUACGACAUAUCGGCCAACAUGGUCUUCCGAGAUAAUGACCUGCGAUCCCCCACCAUCUUCAUUUGUGAGAUCUGCAUUCCCACCACAGAGUACUGUCGGCGCAAGAGAUUAGUCUACUAUCCUGGCAGCAUAACUAGGUAUUCCUCAGACAGCACUUGUUUGGAAAAAGUAACUCUGGUCACGUGGUUGAUGGCUUUAAUGUCUUCGGUGCUCCAUUAGCAGUGAAUUCUAGAAUGAAACUCCUUGAUGGAAGUACUCUAGAAUUCACAAAAAUUCUAUCGCCUAGAGCUUGAUAUCCCAGAACAGUUUUUACAAACGGCUCCAUGUUUUUAUUAGAAGUAUCGUAGUUAUAUUUUUACAUUCUUAUAUGUUGUUCAUAAAGUCUUCCUAUGAGUCUAACUAGUUUGUAUUCGUGUAAUAUAUUAUGGAAUUCUAGUCUUCUUGAUAAUAACAGUAGUAUAUAACAGAGAUAUUUUUAAAGUACAACAGAAUUUAAGAUUGAAACUGUUUACUGCUUUGGUGCUAAUACUAACAUACAUGUAAAUGUAAUUGUAUUUUUACAGUUUGUACUAUAUUCACAUUGUAUACGUUCUGAUUGUUAUAGAGUAAUUUGUUUCAAAUUAUUAAUUUUUAGUUGACAUUUUUUAAUUAUUGGUUUUUCUUCUGAAGAAUAUUAUCAGACCCAGAAAGUAAAGCGUAAAAAAUGAGCUUUACCAAAAGGAAAGGAAUAAGUGUUAUUAUUAUUUGCUUAUAGUUUGUUCUGAUCAUAGCAUGAUUGCCGAAACACGUGAAAGGAAAUAAUAAAAACUAUGAAAAGGUUUAAUAUUGAAUAUUUUCUAAAUAAAUUGCACCUGUAUUGAAUGUAAUUAAAUGCAUAAAUUCAUAUAAAAUAAGUUCAUAAAAAAGGUUUACAU